AUGGUAACCGGUAACGGUACGGUCAGGUUCUACAAUACGGUGCCGCAGAAACACAUGAAGAAUCGAGUGAUGUACUGGCCGCGUGGACGUGUCUGGGGUGGAUCGUCGUCGUUGAACGCGAUGGUGCAUAUCAGAGGACAUCCGCUGGAUUAUGACCGAUGGGAUGGCGAGGGGGCCGCUGGGUGGACGUAUGCAAAUUGCCUGCCUUAUUUCAAGAAAUCAGAGACUUAUGACUGCUCGAAAGGUGCCACGGACCCGUAUCGGGGGCAUAAUGGCCCCCUGAAAGUGAUGCGGGCCAAGUGCAAGAAUCCGCUACAUCAAGCGUUUUUAGCGGCUGGGAAUCAGGUAUCUUUUUUUGUUUUGAAUUUGGAGGUUUACCCGGGGAAAAACUAG